UCUGUACUUCCAAGAAUGCCCAGUCCUCGCAAUAAACGCCUGCCCCAGAGCCUUCGUUAUCCCUUAAUCCGGGCUUUUGGAGGCUGGACGGACUUCUUCCUGACACAGCAAAAUGUCCGCCUGAGCUGCUCGGUUCUCCCAAACCGCUGCGAGGUCGGCCCAACCACCCGAGGAGGAAGCUGCUCACCUGCCGCUCAAAUCCUCCACCAUUGGAGCCUCAUACCUGAGCACAGGCCCCAGGAUUCUUGGGAGGACUCCAUGUUGGUGGACCAAAGUCUUCAGUCGCCCAGGAAGACCAGACCUGUCCACUGCCUUCGUCCCCUUUUUGAGGCAGCCAUGAAGUUGAUCGCUCCUCUGCUGCUGCUCGCCACAGCUUGCGUGGUCAGCGCUGCCGUGGCGCCCAAGGCCUUCUGGCAGUUUGGCAACAUGAUCCGCUGCCCCCAACCAGGAGUUAACCCUCUCAAGUACAACGACUACGGAUGUUGGUGCGGCUUAGGCGGCACGGGGAGCCCGCUGGACGACCUGGACAUGUGCUGCUACGUUCAUGACAAAUGCUACGAGAGAAGCAGGAAGACUCCUGGAUGCAACAACAUCGCUGACCUGCCUCAUGUCCUGGUUUAUGAUUACACCUGCUCCAAUGAGAAAGUCACCUGCUCAGCCAGCAACGAGAAGUGCCAGGCUGCGGUGUGUGAGUGUGACCGGCUGGCAGCUCACUGCUUUGCCCAGGCCACUUUCAACUCUGACAACAAGAAUGUGGAUCCUACAGUCCACUGUGUCAACUAAGCUUCACAAUCAUUGAAUAAAUAAUGAUGGGGAAAGAAAAAAACACCUGAGAAUUUUUGCAUAACCACACUUUUUAUGUGAAAAUGUACAUUUAUUCAUUUUUUGGACGAGACAAAAUGAAGUGAAAUGAACAUUUAGAAUUGUUGGUCUCCUGCUUUCUAUUUUCAGCUUGGAAUAGAAAGGCACUGCACGUGUACAGCUUUGGUCCGAUACAGCAAUGGACUACUUGGAUGUGAUGAGAAGCAACAAAGGUUAUUAGAGCGACAUUAUUGACUUGAACUGAAGAACAUGUCCAUUGAUUACAGUUCACAUACAUCCAGGUAGCAUCAUUCAGUUUUUCUUUGACCCU